AUGAACGAUAGCGCAGAAUGCUCAGAAACAUUAGAUCCGCGAGUUCAGAUUGAAUUGGAACGCCUUAAUACAGCAACAGAUGAGAUAAAUAGACUUGAAGUUGAACUAGAUGAGGCUCGACUGGCUUUUCGUCGUUUACUUGCGGAAGGGCAUCUUCGUAUACAACAGCUUACUAAAAAACUAGGAACAAGUGUGCAUAAGGCUAGACCUUACUAUGAGGCCAGAUUUCGAGCUAAUAUUACAUCUCAAGAGCUUCAAGCUGCCAAUUUUGCCUAUGACAAAGCAAAUAGUGCCCAUGCUGCAGCAAGGGAGAUGGUAUAUCUUGCAGAGCAGGGCCUGGCAAGACUUGCCGAUGGGAAUGGAGGGCUUACGUUGGAUCCUGCCUGGCAAGAAAUGCUUAAUCAUGCAACACAUAGAGUUAAUCAGGCGGAAGCUGAUCGUGCUUCAUCUGCGGUGACACAACGCACUAAGGCAGCGGCCCAUAGGGCAGCUGCCGCUCUUGUACAACAACUACAGAAUAGCCUUAAGAGGCAUAUAGCUAAAUCAAGGCCAUAUUUUGAGGAGAAAGCUCGGAUUAAUGCCGCUUUAGAAGCACAAAAAGCUCGUAUCCAAACACACGAAGAACAGGUCACUGAAGCAAAACAAAAGUAUUCCUCCGCCCUUCGUAACCUUGAGAGGAUAUCUGACGAGAUACAUCGACAUCGAUCUAGAAGACAGUCUACGAGGAACGAUAUAGAUCAAAUGACAAUAACAGAUACGACGAGUGAAUCAAAUGCUAGUGAGAACUUAGAAGAAUUGUGCUCGACCAGUAACGAUGAAAAUGUUCGGGAGUGGCUUCGGAAGGUAGACCGACCCGAUCCCGACACCUGGACUGAGAUAGAUCUGGAUUAUUCCAGCCCAGAAGAGAUAAGUUUCGAAAAAUGCUCUCUGAGACCGAGGCCGAGCCCUGAUAAAUCUCCGACCAGUCCCCUGGAAUCCAAGGUCUCGGCUGCUUCUCCGAGGCGAAUAAUACGAGUGGGCGAAAGAACGGCCGCCAUCAGGGCCGAGUUGGAGAAGGGGAGGCGACAGAGUUUGGAUACUAUCCUUCACGAUACAGGGGAGAAAGUUAAGGAGAUGUUCCAAGGUCUCUCCCUAUUCGGCGAGCGCCGCGGGUCGGGCUCGGCGCCCCGAACUCCGCGCAGGGCUUCUCCCCGAGCUCGCCGAUCCCCCGCUCCUUCGGGGGCCUCCUCGGCCUCCGACGAACUAUACUCCGACGCGGACAGUCUCGCCAGUAUGGAGAUGUUGACCGACGAUCAAAUAGCGUCGCUAAUGCUCGACGCGCAACUCGAAGCCGUCUGUGAGAAGUUAGCUGGAGUUGCGCGUGCGCCUCGGUCGCCGCGUUCGCCCGAAUCGCGACGAUAA